CGACAAUUGGGAUCAUUUCGACACGUUAUCAACAAUGAUGGGCACAUGAUUUUCUGCUUUCUCAGCCAACGGGCUCAUCAGCAGCUAUGUCCGCAGCGUUCUCAUCCACUCCACGGCGUGGCAAUCAGCGGACAUCUCAUUUACGACACAUGAGCAAUGGCAGUUCAGUGAACAGCGCUGGCCCCUCGGAGGCGGGCACGAUUCAACAUGACCCUGAGCCAUUGCGGGCUCCCGUUGAGAAAAAAUGUGUCCUUUGGAUUCAUGGUGACCCGUUUUCGCUACCUGACGUUGUCAUCAACCUUGACUUAUUCCCCGAUGUCGAAGUUGGAGAACUCAUGGCUAUUGUUCCCUUAAAGGCCGACUCACAAGAGAAUGUGUCAACUUCAAAAAUGGACGGAGAUGCUUUGCAUCCCUCGAUACGCCGUGAACAAAGUGUUUCCAAUUCUAACGGCCGGGGUCGAAACAGCAACAAUCGGGAUCCUAAUUUUGGAAAUCACUAUCUAUUCAUUGCCAAAGACAUGCCAAAGGAGAUGAAAGCAAAACAACCGCACAUGGAAGUCUCCGUUGCGAGAAAUAUUGCGGACUCGUUCCAUUUGAAGUCGAGGUCACAGGUUUUGAUUAGGACAGUUCGUAUUACCCCCUCUGAUUUGACAUUGAGAUAGUUAAUUUUCAUAGACCGAUCCUGCUAUUAGUUCUGCGUCUCACGUUGAAUUAUCAUUCAAGGACGAAUAUCUCUCGCGAUCUGAUAUGUGGAGGCUAGCCCUCCAAGAACUCGCCAAUAAGACCGUAUUUAAAAACCAGAAGAUUCUUUUCUUGGGCACGAUAAAAGCUCAGGUGACCGCGAUCUAUAUUGCCGGCCGAAAAGUGCAAUCUGCAUUCUACUCGGCAAAUACAAAGCCAAUUUUUCGAAGCGAGUCGGCUCGAUAUGUCAUUUUCAUUCAAAUGUCUAGAGAGAUGUGGGAUUUUGACUCCGAAGGCUCCGGAGAAAUCAUGUUUAACAAGGUAGUAAACGGAUUUCUACCAGCUCUAUUCAAAAAAUGGGCUUUGCUAAAGGUGAAGCAUCUGGUGAGUAUCGUCAUGUUCACAAGAGUGGAAUACGAUACAGGAAUUGCCUCAGAGUUAGCCACCGCAACCCACGACACUAAUUAUCAUACGGGAACGCAGCCAGAGGGCAAAAAGCAGCCAUAUAAAGAUUUUUAUCGAGUUGUUGUUAGUGAUAUGGCUAGUGGUUCAUGGACUACAAUUUUAUAUCAGUUGAAGCGAGAAUUUAGGUUCUUUCUUCGAGACAUUUCUACGCAUCGUAUCAACCUGAUAAACUCCCUCCCUCCGCUGCCCGGUGCCAAAGAGGACACCAACAAAGUGCUAGGCACACGUAUAGAAGCCAGACCAUCAUUGGCAAUGUAUGGAAACGUGCUGGAGGCGAUAAAUCUAGCAUCCUCUCAAUUCGCACAUGACUACAUUGAUCGAGAUUUGGUUCGGACUGGGAUAUCAAUAGUGGUAGUUACACCGUCCCCAGGCCUCUUCGAGGUCGACUACGAAACAUUGAGAAUGACUACGGAGACUCUGAUUGGAAAUGGUAUUGGCAUUGAUCUUGUUUGUCUGCCAAAAAUGCCGCUUCACUCCGUGCCCCUUUUUCGCUACCGAAACCCUCUAUAUCUCACUUUCCAGGAGUCAUUGCAACAGAAAUCAUUCAGAAGUGAGGACAGCACACCACGUCAAAAUGCACCGAUCUUUGGAAGUAGUUUCUCCUCCAUGAACGAAUCCUUGUCGCCACAUAAAGCAUCACUUCAUGGUGUGCGUACAAGUUCUUUUUCAACCUCGUCUCCCCCGAGCCAAUGGUCCUUCGCGAUACCCCAUUGGAUUGAUGUGUCUUUUUGGACUGGGGCUUCUCAGGAUGUCCAUUCAGGAAUUCCAGCUGCUAAAACUACCAGGAGUCAUCGUAAAAAGGAACGCACUCAAAAGUCGCAAGACUUUGCAAUCCGCUGCAAAAUGUAUGAGAUGGAAAUGGCUAGUGUAAUGGAAAACGUCCUUUCAGAGAUUACGGUUACUCCCUUACAACAUAACACGCUUUUUCCUCAAAUGGUUUUUGGCUCCCGUGAGAUACCUGGAAGUAGAGCCUCUUUACGGGAAUCGCCAUUAGCUCGCGAAAAGAUUUUUGCCAGCUGUAUGGAAUUUGUCAAUGGUCCUGCAAAACCUCUAUAUGAUAGAAGCUCCUCACAGGAAGAGAGAUCGUUCUUUAAAGCAUUAGAUAAGUUUGACGUAUCUAUUUCCGAGGUUUUAGAGGAUGUCACGCCUGAAAUACGAACCCAUGGAGAGGGGAGACGACUAUUCAAACCUGGAAGUGAGGAAGCUAUUGUAAAAACUCUUUCUCAGGACCCCAAGAUAUUUGGAAGCUCAUUCGACGAUAAGAGAAACGUGAAGGGUGUCAUUCCAACGGAGAUCUCUCCUUCAACCAAGAUGAAACAAAAUUCCCAGAACGGAGAGGAUACGGUCAAGCCUUAUAGAGAAAAUUUGAGCAGUACAAUGUGCGUAAAAACUUCUCCUGUCAGGCCUGCGAAAUUUGGUCGACAAAUUAGGCUUGGGAAGUUUGGUUUUGGCAUCGCGGCUCCCAAAGCUGCUGUUGCAGAGAUUCAGACUGAACAUGUUAACGCACCGCGACCAGCAAUAUCUGCGCACAGAGCGUUGGAUCCUAACAAACCCUCCACGGGAAAAAUGGCAAACCACUUGCUUAACACCACUGGCCAAGAAAGACCGGGAUCCUCCAAUAGCAACAAGUCCAAAAUACAACCGGAGACUCCACCAUCAGAAAGAAGUUCAUCUGAAUCUGUUGAAAGCCCAAGAGCUUUGGGUGGUCGAACAACUAGACCCAUGACCAUCAAAAGUGCGCUGCAAUCAUUAGACUCCACCAACCAAUUCAAAUCUCGAUCACUGCUUGGAUCUGUCUACGAAGUACACGAUAAGCAUGUCGAGAGUGACAAUACUGUUACGUUGCAGAACAUCAGGCUCGAUGACGCCCAAAAGGUUUUCAACUCGAAGCUGGUUGCAGGAUCAGUUCUAGAGUUGCCAGCAACCUUGUCUCCAGCUAGAGCUAUGUCUCCAUGGCUGAGUGUACUGAAUCCUUCAAAUCCCAAUACCGAUGACAUCAUUGGAACAAGUCAAUAUCGGCGAUGGCAACAUGUUUUCCCUCGCCCGCUCAACACCAGAACGAUGAAGUGGAAAUCUCUCUGUUCCCCCGCAUCAGUGCCUCUAACGACGGAGUAUUUUCCCACCAGGUACCAGCUCGAUACCGAGUACCAACAAAAGCCUUACAACAUAUAUCCAAACACCGAAGAUGAUCUGAAUGAAGUAGUCAAGUCAAGAAAUGAGUUUCUCCGAGAGCUUGUCAGCCUGCGACUUUCCCAGGGGUUUCAAAUCGUAGUUAGCUCGGCAGUCUCAAAGGCAUUCGGCCAAAAGUCACUCAAGAUUGCUAACCUUUUCGACCCUGGAGACAUCGCGGAGGACGGAGCAAGUGUAUUUAUGUCCAUGGGAAACAUAAUCCAUCAGUUAUCCUGUGUGAAAGAAACCGAGAUUGAGGUUAAUAUGUUUGUGCGCAAGCCAGCCGCUUCUACCACCUCUAAUUCUGCUGUCGCUGUUCCAUUCUCAUACAAGCCUGCCAUUCGGACCACUUUGGCAGACAAUUAUUACUCUCGUGAUAUGGUUCUCGGAAACCCCAGAGAUGAAUGCAAAUGGAACCAAGUAGAUGCAUUCAUUGCAGGAUUCGAUGACGAGAUGUCGGAGAACUUACGAUUUUGGCGAGCCCGCUUCGUGCUCAUACCUGUCGAGAGGCCUGGCCAAUUGAAUCGGCAGGGCGAGGAUAACGAGGAAGAAAUUCGUUUAGAAGGUAUCAAAAAGCUUACUCAGACUUGGCAGCGACACAGGAUCGUAAGUGCCUCGGAGCGAAGGUACCAAAGUCUCGCAGACCAAAAAACCAAAGAUCAAAACCCGCUCGAUAUUGUUUAUAAGACUGAAGAUCCGUCAAUCGUUGUGACUGCAGAGCUGGAAACUCUUCCGCUUCUUGAGACCGGUGAUGUGGGCAUUCGACGAGGUCAAUUACUUGAACACGAAUGGUUCCGUAAGUCCAAGCUCGAUAUAGGUGCGUUGGCGGAAGCGAUUCAAGCACCAGUUGAGCGUGGGGGUGUGCGGAUGCAGAAUCGAAGAUGGCAUUUUCGCCUUCAUUACAACUGUUUCAUCGGAUCUGACAUGACGACCUGGUUGAUUGAGAACUUCGAAGACAUCAGCACUAGAGAAGAAGCAGUCGAGCUAGGUAACAUGCUCAUGUCAAAGGAUGAAUUGCAGCGCAUAAGGGAACGAGAAGCAAGUAAAGAUGGAGAGAAGAAUAAGGAUAGAUAUAUGGGAAUCUUCGUCCAUGUCGAGAAGCGACAUCCAUUCAGAGAUGGGCAAUACUUUUACCAAGUCACAGGAGAGUUUGCAAAACAACGCCCAGAGAGCCGCAGUGGUUGGUUUGGGUCACGCCGACGUGAUAUUUCUAUACCUUCUACGCCCAUGUCGGAAACCAUGUCAAGAGAAUCUCCUCGACCUGAAAGAUCGAUAUCUAGUUCUCAUCACGACGAAAAAUCCUCGGAUUCUGGCACAACUACUCCUACGACAGCUGGUGGGAAGAAACCGAAGGUUGCACUGAGCAAAGUGAUGAAGUACGAUGUUGAUCCGCGUGGGAGAUCUUACCGACCUGAAAGAAUCAACCUCCAUUAUGACAGGCUUCAUAACCCCGACAAUUGCUAUCAUAUUAGAAUUGAUUGGAUGGCUGUUACUGCCAAACUGAUUGAAGACGCAAUAGAGUCCUGGGCACGCACUGCCGAAGCUUAUGGCCUUCGACUUGUGGAGGCACCAAUUGGUGAAGCCUGCAACAUCACGUCCAUGCACCCUUUCCGGAGUCCUUAUGUUGUCGAGCUCAUCGUGCAACCGCCAGAUCAGCAACCAAGGACAUAUUUCGAUGUACACUCUUUCGCGCCCCACAUCCACGGAAGUCCUGCAAGUCGUCACUAUUAUCAGAAAGCCAUUCUGAAGAAGUUCAACUUCGUUCUAGAUGUUGAAGCAGCCAGGAAUUUCCCAAGUAAUGUGGACGUUACUUAUUCUUGGGGCCGACCUGACUUCAAGUACACACAAUACAUUCAUCGAUCAGGUGUUGUACUUGCACAGAUAACCGACAAGGGCGACUUUCUACUUCUCGCAAACCGAUUAUUCAACAAUCGAGUAUCUUCGGCAUCAAGAGAGCUAGAUAGGUACGUCAAGACUGAACAUGUUCGCAAUCACCGCAUACCAUCGGGCUUGUACGGCCAUUGGAUCAAGCCGACCUCUCCGCCCAAUUCUCCCUCGGUUCGCGCUCAGGCUUCUACCAACCAUCAAAACUCUCCCAACUUGCGUCCGACUUCCGACGUGUUGGCUUCUAGCCAUCCUGGCUCCAAGGCCAAUCAUUCCAGCACGCCGGAAUCCAUCAAGGAUGAACUCGAGACGUUUUGUCGUAGUGCACCGAUGCUUGAGGCUUUCUACAGGGAGGUACUGGAGAGAUCUACGCCGCCUAGCGCGACGCCACCGACUCUGAGAAGUCCGUAUGCUGGGGGCUUACUGGAUUCCAAUAUUCCAAUUCUCGGUCUGCCGCCGGGGGUUCUGGGCGCGAGGGAUUCGAGUCCUAGUCCUAUGAGACUUACGAGCUUGUCGAUGGGGGCACGGAGACAGAGUGUGCAGACUGGGUUUAGUGGUGAGAGUGCGAGACAGGAUAGUCCGAGGGAAAGUAUUGAGAGUGAUAAGGGUGCUUGAAAGGGGGUUUGUUGAUAGUGUGAGAUUUUGGGUUGUAGGAUGUAAAUAUUGGGCUAUACCCCGAGUGGAGAUUCUUUUGGCAAGGAGUAUGGGGUUGAGGUUUGGGGUUUUACGGCAUGGAGAAUGUGAGAAUGGGAUACUAGAGUGUUCUAACUUUCAGAGUUCAUGAAUCGCUCUUUUUUGUUGUCUUCUCGGGUGAUGUUUUACUACGGUAUCUUCUUGAACAGAUCCCUGAGGUUAGUGAAUGGAUUUUUCUACAGAU